AGAAGGACCGAGGCUGACAUCUCUGCCUCUCCUGUGCAAUAAGUUCUUCUUGUGACGCAGCAAGUGGAUCGCCCCUGGCUAGUGCAGCAAGACAAUGAAUGCGCAGGUGGCCGAAGACGGAUACGUUUCGCAUGCGCAAACCGAGACCUCAGAGUAACCCCUUCGAAGCAGCUGCCCUGCGUUGACAACCGCUCGGCCUACGCUGUAGGCCCAAGACUCUUCAAGCGGUCGGCAGCCUCUCCCCAGUUGCCUCGCUUCGCAGACCGUCUCUAUACAAGCGCCGACGAUCUGACAAGCGCGGCGCGUGCGCCAUCUUUUUUUUUUUCUCACCGCCUGGCGAGCUCGUCGAGUCGCUCGAGAUUCCGGCUCGCAUCGCGAGCCACUUGCGCCAUAACUCGUGCGGCGGCGGUGGGGCUCGUGUGUGUCUCGGUUGUUUCCGAGGGUGUUUGUUGGUGUUGUGCAGCAGACGACAUGCAGACGAUUCGAGCGUCUUCAAGUUGCAGACGACGGCCUCACAGACAUCGGUGACGACGGCGGGGUUAAGCCCAGGGGCGGGAGGCGUUCAUUACCCACAGAACCAUGUUUCCGGCGGCGCCGCCGGGCUCUCGUUUCGUGUUUUGUCUGAUCACCGCGUUGGUCCUGCUGCAGCAACAGCCGGAAGUGGUGUGCGGGGGGGAAGACAGUUUGUCGCGCGACGUGGUUGUGGUGACGACCGGAACGCUGACGGAGGAGGAGCGAGAGCCGGGCUUUUGGGCGUCGUUCAGGACUUACGUGCUCGGCGAGCGCGACGUGAAUAAGCACGACUGGCACCGGCGUUUCUUCAACCGGUACGUACCUCUCUUCGGCGUCAUCACCCUGUCCCUGGUGGCGAUCGCUCUCUGCCUCAGCUACUGGUGCCAGGACCGCAACUCUCCCGAGACGGAGUCCUCCAGGGCGCACCUGGAGGAGAUGCGGCGAAUGCAGUGCGGGGAGAGAGUCGCCAUGUACACCAUGCCGCCCAGCACCGACACCUACACCCAGCAGGGAUGUCCGGGACACGACUUCUACGGUUACCCGCCGCCGCCACCGCGGUACAACUACGCCACGUUCGAUCCCAGGGUUCCACCGACUGGGCCACUGCAGCCCUCCGCACCGCCUGCGUACCACUCGCGAUGAUCCAUGGCUGCUCGGAUCACUCGAAUCGAGACUUCGGGGUCGCAGCGAAACCUGACGACCCCCAUGAAUGUGACGCAGCUCCCAGACGUUCCCGAGAACGCUUUGAGCACGUGACCAUGUGAGGCGAUCACGUGACCACGUACGUGAUGCGACCGCGUGAACCCGCGUUGCUACUUUCCCGUCGAAGAAGACAUCUCGUAUCUGCACGAGCCAGGACGCGCGCCGGAACGGAGUUUGUCCGCGUCAGAGUUUGUGACACAUUUUGGACGAGCAUCGCCGCCGUGAACGCUCUCGCACAUCGAAAUCAAAAGCCCGCUAACCCCCUUUCACCCCGUACAACGACAGUCCUCAGGCAGGAGGUGGUGUGCCUCUUCUGAAAAAUAAAAUACAUUUCUGCGCACUUAGGGCCUUUGUCACGGUGAGGUUUCUUUUCAUAUAUACGCAUAUUUGCAUAUGUUUGUCUAUAUUGUUGUUUCAAUAUUUGUUUAUAUUUGCAGUUAAAACGUUUUUUUUAUAGGCACGAAGAAUUUAAGGCUAUCAGCCCGUAAACGCGGAUUACCUGAAGAGGCGGUCGUUAUACUUGCGUCUUAAAUUGCAAUUUGGCUAGUUAAAAAGGUGAAUGAAUGAAAUUUCUUAUUAUAUAGAUCAGGAAACAUAUCCUAACUGCGAAUCGGAAGUCAUGUCACCCACGCAGAAAUAAUAAGACUAGCGGCCCUUCGAUAUAUGCUUCCCCUAAAUUUCUUGUUCUUUGUCAUCUCGGUGUCUUUUUUUUUUGCGCUUGAUAAAGUUUGCACUGGUAAGCGAUGAAGUUGAUCACGGCCAGUUUGUCCGCAGUGCAGCGUAUGGCUUAUAGAGGCAUUUCGCUUAGGUUUUGAAUGCCGCUUAUUUACUGCGGUGCUCUAGCUAGGGCGCACGACGGCACCGUGUCGUAUGUUAAAGCUGCUUGAGGCUUGCAAGGCCCGAUUUUGUAGGUUUUGUGCGGCCUUAUAAAACUUUGGUUAUGCGGCCCGUUUAGGCGGGGUGGUAUGCGGCGCGUCGCAACAGUUAUUACGCAGUUCGUGUUUUCGGAUCUAUUUCAUGCACGGCUUCGCUCAUGUUCAACGGUUGCUAGUUGCUUCGUGUCGAGCUAUUGAUUUUUUUUAAGUGCGAAAUUUUCACCCCACCUUGUUUGUAACGGGCUUAAAUCACGUAUUUUAUCGGCGUGUCUUCAGCUGUACUCUUUUCGCGCGACGUCAUCUUCAAUAUUUCGGUUUCUUGGGAAAAGUGUUAAGAAAAGAGGUAGCUCAGGCGAGGAUUGCUGUUAGCUGCUGCAUAUGGUAUUGGCUGUUCGAUUUUCGCGAAAAGUUCACGUCACGUUUGGGAAGUCUUCACGAGUUGAUGCUGUCUGAGCAGACUUAUACCACGGAGAGUGCUUUGUUUGUUUCACUGCGUAGUCCCUUUUUACGUGCGCAUUUUGUACUCAAUUGAAUUCUUUCGAGUUAUAUUCUGCGCCGUCGGAGUACAGUGCCCACACCGUAAAGGACUAAACGUGGCCUUGCCUCCAGCGUCCAUCUACCUUGGCCGGCGCUGUUCCGUCUUUAAGUAUAUCUUGUGGCAUCUCUCUGCCGUAACAUUCGAAAAAAUAUACUUAAAAAGUGGUAAGACUUUAUCUUUGUAUAUUUACAAGCAGGUCACUACGGGAACUUGAAAUUGCGAAAACUGAAGCGUUCGUCGACUUAUGCAACGGAAUUGCAUCAGCCGUACAGCGCUAACUCGCCCUUUUAUUCACCCGUGCAUUUGAUGACUUCGUUAAACAGUGUACAUAUUUUCAUUAACAAAUUCGCGAUUACUUUUUAUGAGACGACUUUGACGGUACGGAUUCGACGAUGCCACAUCUAUUCAUCGGCAUAAAGAUCACUGCUAUGUGUACAGAUAUGGUGCCAUGCGUGGUUGCUUGAGACAUAAGUCUGCACAAGCGACGUGUGCCUAUAUUAUGGAGGUACAGAAACACUUUUACGGCAAUAGUAUAAUUGAAAAAAAAAGAACGCCCGAGACAGUGCAUUUGUCGACAAAACCAAGCGGGUACUUAAGGUGAGCUCCGCUUCGUAUAACUAUGCUUCAUUGCGCUUGUCUGCUGGACGCACGUGGCAUGUAGGCGAACUAGGUUGUCCCAAAAUUCGGUAUUAUCGUGUACAUCUCCGCUCCUAUAGAGGCCCGCGCCUUUCAUGCAACUGCCACCACGGAAGAAGCAGUCUGCCACCCGAAAAGAGGGGAAAUCGCAGUCGCGAACUUCAGCCAUCCUUGCUGCAAAGGAUUGUCGUCUGCUACUACUCCUAAGCGUACUUUCGAAAGCGCCCGCUAGGUGGCUAUCAGUGGCGCCUGUAUAGGCGGUGCACUACGCGUUUACGAGGACCGGCCGAACAUGCAGCAGAUCAAGGCAAAUACACUACGCCAAUCAGUGAUCUGGCUGCCUUUCUCAUUGGUACGAUGCACAGCUUAGCGGUCCAUUCGUGAAGUGGGUCAGCAAUUUAAAGGGGGUACAAACCAAUUUGUACAAACAAGCUGUUGAGCACGUUCAUGCGUUGCUACUACAAUGAAAGAACAUGAAAAAAUAGUAACUUUAAUGAUGGAUGAAAUCCACAAUCAGUUAUACUUUGAUUUCAAAGCUGGAUCAAUAACAGGUGCAGCAGUCAACACUGCAAGCCCGGCAAAAACAGCGUAUGUUUUUAUGACUCAGAGUAUCCUUUCUAACCACAAAGAUAUUGUGCAUAUUUUUCCAGUGGCUACAAUUGAUGCAAAAUGCUUGCAUGAUUUUUUGCGAAUGCUAGUUGUCAAGCUUGAGCAUACUGGGUUUAAAAUGAUUGCGGUCAUAUCUGACAACAAUUCCAUUUCAAGCCGCCCCCCCCCCCCCCCCCCCGAGACUAAAGAUAGUGUAUCAACAUCCAGCCGACCAACCACGACCUUUGUUUUUUGUCGUGGGCCCUGUUGAAAUGUGUCAGAAAUAACUGGUUAAACCAGCGCAAUGUAGGAAGGUGCAUGUAUUUCCCAGACCCAAAAAGUACAGACCCCAAACCCAAAAUUUUGACAGCAUCAUUCAGCACUUUAUGUGAGCUGCAUGAGUUUGAACAAAAUGAGCUUUUGAAGAUGCUCCGACAUUGUCAUUGAAGACGUUAAAUGCUUCUAACAUGUAGAGACAAAAUGUAAAGUUGGCAUUGAGAAUAUUCAAUUCAUAAACUGCGGCAGCACUUCGUAAUAGGAACCUUCAGCAUGCUAAUAGCACGGCUCAGUACAUCAACACGCUGCUAACAUGGUGGAAUAUUGUCAACGUUAAGACUCCACGAAAGGGCCAUUGGCUUUCAGACGACCUUCAAAAGCCUAUAACUUCAACAUCUUGACCCCAGUUACAGAUAGAUAUUACGAGAAAUGUCCUUAUUAGGAGCAUGACCAGGGGUGGGCUGAAGUUCCCGCGUGAACUUGGUAUAAAUGCUGUACUUACCACAGAAAUAGUGCUUGACAGGCUUAGCAGUCCACGCUUCGCCACUCGGUUUUUUGCACUUCCUAAGCAGAAAGAAGUAUUAGUAGCUCUUGUGUAUGGUAUCCUGAAUGAUACUGAUGACCUGGAUGUUUGUGUUAAUGGGCAUUCUCCUCAAGAAGUCAUGCAUUACAUUUUGAGUGCAGCAGGAAACACCCUUCUAAACAACUUAUGCAAAACACCAAACGACAAGUUUUCUGCCAUAGAGGCAAAACGAAAACUUGAAUCUGUUAAAAGUUGAGGUGUCUUUUAUGCAGUUUUAUUUCCACAGUAUAGUUUCUAUAUGAAUUGCUUUUUACUCUCAUCAAUGCAAAUUAAUAUACCCAGCAUCCUACCAUUCUCCAGAAGGCUUCUAAUCUCUAUCUUUCUGUUCUGUUUAACGAAAAUCAUGCACGUCUGUGUCCUACAUGCUUGAAGCAAAAAUUUGUGCCAAAGCAGUAACUGCAUUCAUAGAAAUGUCAUUGUACCAAUUUUUUCCCGACACUGAGUUGCAUGUGCACCUUUUCUAAUGAUGUGUUGCUCUACAGAGAACAGACUGUCAAGCUGUAUAUAAUAAACGAUCUUAUUUUGCUGC